GGCUUGUUCAGAUUGGCGGCAUUAAAGUGUCCACCCCGUCCUCCCUCAAUUAAUACCCACUAUAAACAAAAUCGUUCUUCAGGUUGGCAGCGCUUGUGGGAUCAUGCUGUGCGCAGCUUGGCUACCCUAUCAGGUCCCCAGAGUGGCACUAACAGCUCAACUUGGGUGAGGCUCCUUGCAGUUUUUUUCUGAAAGAUGUAACAAAAAUGGAAACGGUACCAAUGUUUUAGCCAGAUCACUCCCAUGUUUUCAGUAUAGAAUCAAGGAAGUGUGGUUCCAGUAAAACUCUCACUGGAAGGCUAAAAUGUAACAGUGACAAUCUUUGAAGCGCCGCAGCAUAUAAAAUCCAACCCUUUCAGCCCAUUGCCUUGCACUCAUAAUGAAGAUGAUGAUGACAUGAGCUGGCCUGUGACACUCCGCUUCUCAUGUUUAAACCUUUAACCACAUCCUGACCUUUGAUCAAUCUAAUGACAGGUGACGUCAAUGAUCUGUAAGAACGAAUUCAAUGUUCCAUGUUCGUACUGUAGUGUACAGUGUGAAAUGUAAAGGCAAGGGCUUCAGCUGCUCUCCUCUGCUCAUGCUGGCACCUGACCAGUCCCCUUGCUCUCACUCUUGGCCGAAGGAGAUUAUGGCCAUUCAGCAUCAGCGACACACAACUGGAGCUUCGAGCGAGCCGUGCAGAUGCCUCUGGAAUUGCAAACUGCCGCCAAAAAACGGACUUGGAAAGUGAGGCACCCUUUUGUUGACUCACUGGCAGCUGACGACGGAUUCGGAAUCUGGAAGUCCCCAUAAUGAGCUGUCCCUGGAGUACCCUGCUGGCCUUAGUCCCCUUCCUUCUCCUGUGUAAAUGGUCACACUGCACUACAGGUUGUGGUGGUCUAACCUGUUUCACUGACUACUUGGAGCACAUAACAUGCAUCUGGAAAGUUCCAGUCCCACUUGAGCCUCGAGUUUCAUACCAUCUUACUGCAGUAUCGGUGGAUGAGGAGAUUUCAUGUAAUCUAGAUCAGAUUCCCUGUUCUGAUGGCGAUAAUGGUCUGACUGAGUACAAGUGUAAACUCUAUGAAAAAGAUGGAAUCACAGUGGAUAAUUACAACAUCAGCAUAAAAGCAAAACACAGAGGAGAUGAAAAGUACAUUGAAAUAUGUCCUUACUUUGAUAUAACGCAAAACAUAAAACCUCUUCCACCAUUCAAUCUGAAUGUUUCGUAUAUCUCUCCAUGUGAAUCGUACAACUUCACCUGGCAAAUAGCCUAUGAUGAGAUGGAUUACUUAGAUGAUUUUGAAUACGAGUUGAGGUACAAGAGGAAAGAAGAUAGCUGGGAGCAACAGAAAGUCAAGCAUAUCAGAAAUAACCAGAGAGUUUUCGCACUAGUGGCCUCCGAGUUAGAUUCGAGCACAGAGCAUUCAGCACAGAUCCGCAGUCGCCCUGCAGAAAACUCCGAUUAUACAGGGACCUGGAGUGACUGGAGCCCUAAAGUGAAGUGGAAGACAGCACAGUGCAAGACACCUCUUCAGGUACAAUGGCUUCCAAUUAUCUGUGGCCUCAUCCCUACAAUGGUUCUUCUUGUGGCAGUGCUGAAGUUUAAUGUACCUCAAAGACUGUGGAAGACAGUGUGGGUGAUGCCUCCCAAUCCAGCUCCAUUUUUUCAACCACUAUUUAAGGAUCAUGGAGGAAAUUUCACGAGCUGGGUUAAUGCUCCACGUCAAGAUGCAUUUUAUGAAGUCAAUGAGAAAAAUGUAAUGGUCCUGGAAAAGGGGGACAGUGUUCAGGUAUACACUGAACCUGUUGCUCUUGAGAAACCAUUGAAAAUGGGAUUGAAAACAUGGGACAAACAGUCUGAAAUUCAUUCCUCAUGGCAGGCCUUAUGUGGCCCAAGUCCCUGCCAUUCAUCGCAGUCUCGGGGCCAAUUUGGGAACAACAUCCAACAAUGGAAGGAUAAAUCCUAUGGACAGGUAUCUAUCAACACUGUCACAGUAACUGACGAGGUUGCACCUUGUUGUUCUCAAUGCAGUUACAAAUGCAAGUCAACCAGACUACCCUACUUGACCCAAUGUAAUAGUAAUUCUACUGUAGACAAUUCAAAUGAGCAGGAUUAUCCUACCAGCAACCAACAAUUCCACCAUUUGCACCCAGUUACAUCAGAAACAUCUCAACAUUGUGACAAUGCACCACUAAACACCAUGAUGCCCCUGUUACAAUACUCUUGCGCCCAUGAGGGGAGAAGUGAAGAUACUUUGGAUCUUCAGUGCCUCAACAUGACUGACUGGGGACAAGAAAAUGAACCUUUUUCUUUGAAUGAUGGGGAAGAUGUCUCUUGGAAUGACAGAAAUAUAGGUGAAGGUGGUUCUUGGAGUGAUGGAAGUCUUGAUACUCUCUCAUCAUGUAGCAGACUUGAACCAGACCUUGGUUAUCCGAAGAUAUCACUGGAUUUAGAUACUGUUGACAGUGGAUUCACUGAGACUGACACUGAUUCUAUGACAGCUGUAGAUUCUGGAUACAAGACUAACAUAAAUAUAGUUGGAAUAAUGAACGCAGAACACAAGCAAGAGCUGGACAGUAAUAGUCCUGUUAAUCCAGAGCAGGAAGAGCAGUAUUACGGGAGCUAUGUGAAGCAGUGGGCCAAGUCCACUUCUACAUAGAUGUUCCAAUGGCCAGAUAAUCAUUUCUGAAGUGGAGUAACUAUGAAACUGACUGUUUAACUUACGACACACCCUCCAAAUACAAGACCCCUGACAUAUCACCACCACCCCUCCUCCAUCCUGCCCUGUACUCGACAACCCCUCACCCUCCCAGGACUUGACAACCCCCAAUCUCUGCCUGGAAUCAACACAUUGUUCUCUAUUCCUGGGACCUGAAGUCAAUUGCCACUAGAACUGGUACACUCCUUGACCCAAGAUCCAAGACCCCCUUUACCCUCCCAGGACCCAACAACCCCCCCCCCCCUCCCUCU